GACUGACUCAGUGACCUCGGCUUUGCCGGCUCCUGUAGGUCCUUGGCGGAGCGGACCUCAGCGGUAGCUCCGCUCCCUCCCUUGUCCGUCACCGGGCUGUCUUUACCCACUCUGGGCCCCAGGGCCGGUCGUUGGCCUGGGACACUCCCCAGUCACAUCCCCAGGCCUGGGAGACAGCGCUCGGCGCCCCACUUCCCGGUGACCUGAAGCCGCUCCGCAGACCUGCCUUUCUUCCUGCUUCAUCAGGCGCCCGCGAGGCACCCUAAAGUGACUGCUCGCAGAGCCUGUUAGUAGCUGACUGACAGACAAAGCUAGGUAAGAGGCCCUUUUGAGGAAGUAGGAAGACAGCCUGAGGUCUGGGGUGGAAGGUAUGAAGGCUAAUGUGGAAAGAAGCCCAGCUGACCAGCCCGGUCAAGUUCCCCUGACCAGGAUGUCAGGCCUGGUGUUGGGGCAGCGGGAUGAACCUGCAGCACACCGGCUCAGCCAGGAUGAGAUCCUGGGAAGCACUCGGCUGGUGAGCCAAGGGCUGGAGGCCCUACACAGCGAACACCAGGCUGUACUGCAAAGUCUGUCCCAAACCAUUGAGUGUCUGCAGCAGGGAGGCCAUGAAGAAGGUCUGGUGCAUGAGAAGGCCCGGCAACUGCGUCGCUCCAUGGAAAACAUUGAACUGGGGCUGAGUGAGGCUCAGGUGAUGCUGGCUUUAGCCAGCCACCUAAGCACAGUGGAGUCAGAGAAACAGAAACUGCGGGCUCAGGUGCGGCGGCUGUGUCAGGAGAACCAGUGGCUUCGGGACGAGCUCGCAGGUACACAGCAACGGCUGCAGCGCAGUGAACAGGCCGUGGCUCAGCUGGAGGAGGAAAAGAAGCAUCUGGAGUUCCUGGGACAGCUGCGGCAAUACGAUGAGGAUGGACACACGGCUGAGGAGAAGGAGGGUGAUGCCAGCAAGGAUUCCCUGGAUGACCUCUUCCCCAAUGAGGAAGAAGAGGACUCCAGCAAUGGCUUGUCCCGUGGCCAGGGCACCCAACACAGUGGAUAUGAGAUUCCAGCGAGACUGCGGACACUGCACAACUUGGUGAUUCAGUAUGCGGCCCAGGGUCGCUAUGAGGUAGCCGUGCCCCUCUGCAAGCAGGCGCUGGAGGACCUGGAGCGCACAUCCGGCCGUGGCCACCCUGACGUCGCGACCAUGCUCAACAUCCUGGCCUUGGUGUAUCGGGACCAGAAUAAGUAUAAGGAAGCUGCCCACCUGCUGAAUGAUGCCCUCAGCAUCCGGGAGAGCACCCUAGGCCGGGACCACCCUGCUGUGGCUGCCACACUCAACAAUCUGGCUGUGCUCUAUGGCAAGAGAGGCAAAUACAAGGAGGCAGAGCCGCUGUGCCAGCGGGCACUGGAGAUUCGAGAAAAGGUCCUGGGCACUGACCACCCAGAUGUGGCAAAGCAGCUGAACAAUCUGGCCCUGUUGUGCCAAAACCAGGGCAAAUAUGAGGCUGUAGAACGCUAUUACCGGCGAGCACUGGCCAUCUAUGAGGGGCAGCUGGGGCUGGACAACCCUAAUGUAGCCCGAACCAAGAACAACCUGGCUUCCUGUUACCUGAAACAGGGCAAAUAUGCUGAGGCUGAGAUACUCUACAAAGAGAUCCUGACCCGUGCCCACGUGCAGGAGUUUGGGUCUGUGGAUGAUGACCACAAACCCAUCUGGAUGCAUGCAGAGGAGCGGGAGGAAAUGAGCAAAGGCAGGCACCGUGAGGGCAGCACCCCUUAUGCUGAAUAUGGAGGCUGGUACAAGGCCUGCAAAGUGAGCAGUCCCACGGUGAACACCACUCUGAGAAACCUAGGUGCUCUGUACAGACGUCAGGGAAAGCUGGAGGCCGCGGAGACCCUGGAGGAAUGUGCUUUGCGCUCCCGGAAACAGGGCACCGACCCCAUUAGCCAGACCAAGGUGGCAGAGCUGCUUGGGGAAGGUGACAGUGGAAGAGCCUCCCAGGAGGGCCCUGGGGGCAGUGUGAAAUUCGAGGGAGGUGAGGAAGCUUCUGUGGCUGUGGAGUGGUCAGGGGAUGGCAGUGGGGCCCUGCAAAGGAGUGGCUCUCUGGGCAGGUUCCGGGAUGUGUUCCGGAGAAGCAGUGAACUCCUGGUGAGGAAGCUUCAGGGGACAGAUCAUCGGCCCUCCAGCAACAAUAUGAAGCGAGCAGCCUCCUUAAACUAUCUGAACCAACCAGAUGCAGCCCCCUUCCAGGCCUCCCGGGGCCUCAGUGCCAGCACUAUGAACCUCUCUUCAAGCAGCUGACAUUCAACACCCUCCCCAGGUCUGCUGGGUCCCCCAACAGCCCUCACAGCAUUCCCUAUUGCUCCUGGCUCUUCCAACCCCAAGAAGGGAGAGCAGUGAAGGGGGAGCAGUUAACCAGAAGAUUGCUGCUGCCCUUAGGGUCUCGGCUCCCUCCUCAGGAAUUUCCCUCUGGAAAGACCCUCAGGACAUCCUUUGCCCACCCUUUGGUUCGCUGAGUAGCUAACUCGGAGGCCCCCAAGGUGGGCAAGAAGCAGGUGUGCAGCCUGCUUUGGCUUUUCUGUCAGGAGGGUUUGGAGCUAGCCAGGCUGCCUUGCCCUGGCCGCUAUCCUUCCCUCUGCUGCCUCACUUCAGGUCCAUGUAUUUCACUUUUCUUAAAUAAAAGAAUCAGGUAACUAUUC